UGUCUUAGCUUAUUGUUCUCUAUUUUCUGUCUUUUCUUAGUAUUCUGUCCCUUUUUUUUUUCUUCUUUGUUGCUUAGUUGGAUGAAUUUUGCAUUAUAUUUUAUCAUAAACCUUUUUUCACGUCUUUGUUUUCUGUCUUGGCUUCCCCUCUGUAUUAGUUUCUCUUUGUUGGGUUGCUUUCUUUUCAACAUAAAACCCAUUGUUUUUUAAUAUAUAUAUGUAUAUAUAUAUAUAUAGAGAGAGAGAGAGAGAGAGAGAGAGAGAGAGUAGGAAGCGUGCCGUUUCCAUUUAUAUUUGUUCUAUUCUGUUUAGCAAGUUUGUUUUGCUGCUUCAAAAUUCUAACCUUUUAAACCAAAACGAUUUUGCAAGUUAACGGGUGAAAUCAAUUCACUCUGUUCUUUCCCCUGUCUCUUUUCAGUGAAGCUGCAAAAUGGAUUUUAGUUUUGGUUUCUAUCCAUGAUCUUUAGAUAUGGAUAAGAAGGCUGAUACAUGUUCUCCUAAUGGAGUUCUCGAGGAUUUCUUUAAGAGUGAAGAGUUUGAAAGGAGUUAUUCUUCUAAAGCACCCAGUACAGACUUAGCAAAUGAGCAAAACUCAAAGCAAGGUUUUCGAUGGAGUGGAUUUGCGCAAUUAUUUAGAAGUAGAUCGAAGAAAUCAUUAGCCAAUUUGCAGUCUCUUGGGUCAUUUAGACUCUCGUUAAGGAAGAGUAGUAGUAUGAGAGAAAAUGUUGCUGUUGCACCUGAUUUUCUCGGCAAUAGCAAUUCGUAUAAUCUUAAGUCUCCAAGGAGGGUUUUCACUUUUUCCGAGCUUCAAAUUGCCACCAAAAACUUCAGCAAUGAAAAUCUUAUUGGAAAGGGUGGUUAUGCUGAAGUUUAUAAGGGGAGUUUACCAAAUGGGCAGCUUGUUGCAAUCAAACGGCUAACAAAAGGCACACCUGAUGAGAUUAUCGGGGAUUUCUUGUCUGAGCUAGGGAUUAUGGCUCAUGUGAACCAUCCCAACACUGCUAAGUUAAUUGGCUAUGGAAUUGAAGGUGGAAUGCAUCUUGUCCUUGAGUUGUCUCCGAAUGGGAGCUUAGCUUCUCUUCUUUAUGGUUCAAAGGACAAACUGAUAUGGGACAUCAGGUUUAAGAUUGCUCUAGGAACAGCUGAAGGUUUAAGAUAUCUUCAUGAGGGUUGUAAGAGGAGAAUCAUCCACAGAGAUAUCAAGGCUGCAAAUAUUUUGCUUACAAAGGACUUUGAGCCUCAGAUUUGUGACUUCGGGCUUGCAAAAUGGCUACCAGAACACUGGACUCACCACACUAUUUCCAAGUUUGAAGGCACAUUUGGCUACCUCGCUCCUGAGUACUUAAUGCAUGGCAUAGUCGAUGAAAAAACUGAUGUUUUUGCAUUUGGUGUACUGUUGCUUGAACUAGUCACUGGUCGCAGAGCUUUGGAUUACUCUCAGCAGAGCCUUGUAUUGUGGGCAAAACCUUUGCUAAAGAAGAACGACAUUAGAGAGCUGAUUGAUCCUGCCCUUGGGGAAGAUUACAUUUCUCGACAAAUGAACCUUGUCCUCUUGGCUGCUUCUUUGUGCAUACAUCAAUCUUCAAUACGACGCCCUCAAAUGAGUCAGGUUGUACAGCUCCUUAAUGGCAACCCCAAUUGCUUAAAGAGCAUGAGAAAAUGUCGGAUCCCGUUCUUCAGAAAAGCUUUCCAUGAAGAGAUUUUCAAUGCAGAAGAUCUAAGUUGUGCCCAGAGUUAGAGGAUCUCGAAUGGAACAAACAGGUUGCACAGGAAUUCUAGUGUAAACUACUAUCAUCUACCUCUUUUGCCAAUACCCUUUAGGAAGAUGAAGGUUUGUGAUCAAUGGGGCUUCAAUUUUGUUGCUAGCAGAAACAAGUUACAUGCAAAAGGAGUAAGUUCAACGGGACAAAAGGAUUGAUGUUGUUUCACGUACGUAAAAGGGAAUUUUAAAAAGAACAGAACAGGCGUGGAAGGAAUUCCGAGGGGCAAAAGUAAAGAAUGCCGGUGUUUUGGGACUUGGAAGACAGUGCAUGUACGUAAGAGAAUCCUAGGGAGCAAAAGUAAAAGAAUAUCCCAUGGUUUAGUCAAUUUUGUAGGAUAGAUAUAUGAAAGAGCCGUUGUCUUUUUCUUUUAAAGUAAGUUAUGAAAAAGUCCUUACAAGAAUCCUGAAUCAAUAGAUUCGUUACCUCUGCUUCAGUUGCUGAUCAGUGGUCAGGGCUUAAAUCAUCAUGAAACAA